GCGCGCGAGACAGCUAUGGUGGCCGGUGGCGUUGAUCCGCGGGCUGGCGACGCCGAGGAGGACGCUUCACAGCUCAUCUUUCCCAAAGAGUUUGAAACAGCUGAGACACUUCUAAAUCCCGAGGUGCAUAUGCUUCUGGAGCAUCGCAAGCAGCAGAGCGAGAGUGCAGAGGUCUUCAUGAAGACUUUGACCUACACAGCCUGUUUCAAUCAUUUCAAAAACAGAGAGACCGUUGCCAGUGUCCGUAGCUUGCUGCUCCAGAAGAAGCGUCCUAAGUUUGAGUUGGCCUGCUUAGCCAACCUUUGUCCAGAGACAGCCGAGGAGGCGAAGGCCCUGAUCCCAAGCCUGGAGGGGCGAUUUGAAGACGAGGAGCUGCAACAAAUCCUUGAUGAUAUUCAGACAAAGUGCAGCUUUCAGUAUUAAUCUCCAGACUUCUCGGCUGCUGGAGGGAACCACGUGCCCAGCACAGCACCACCUUCCCUGGGUCUGGGGUGUCUUGCACAGAAAUGCUACUACAUUUCCUCUGGAGAGCACAGCCCAGGAUUGGUUCGGGUUGCUGUUGAAAUGUGACUGUUAGACCAGGAUGAGCACAUAGUCUUGGCGUGGCUUUCUAGGGCACCUGGCUUUCUGAGCCAGGAAGAGGGUAGGGGUGAGGUAUAAGCUGUUGACUGCCUCAUGCUAUGGUUUUGGGCUCCCAUGUAAUUAUUUUUACUGUUAAUGUUUCAUAUUUUAAUUUGAAUGUAUUAAUAGUUUUUAGUAGAC